CGGGACCUGGGUGGGCACCCGAGCCUGUCAUCCCUGCGGGGUCGGCGGGGUGCGGGCGGCGAUGCACCGCUGUCCCUCGCUCAAGGGCCGCGCCGGGCUCUUAUUCCCCGCCCCGCGGCCCCGCCCCUUGCCCCACCCCAGCUGGGAGACCUAACCCGGGCCGCAGCGCAGCGGCCGCAGCAACAUCACUCUCGCCGCCGCUGCUCCGCCCCAUCCCCUUCUGUUUUUCUCUCAUUCUCCGGUGGCGGCGGCGGGGAAGGCGGAGGAGAGACAGAAGCAGCCAGCUGUGUCUGCAAUGAAUGAUCCCCCAGCUGAAGGGGAGGACUCCAGGUGAGCCUCUGCCCUCGGGAGGACCGGGAUUGCCCGGCCGCCCAAGCCCCGCAUCCCCCGCCAUGGAUCCCUAGGGGAACGGAAAAAGAAGGAGGAAAAGAUAGCUCUGCCGCCCACCCCCAUCUCAUUUUCCUCUUCCUUUAUCUCAUUGUUGCCGAAGCUGUUUACCGUAGCGCUCCCUCUUGCCCCAGAAUGGGGCGGGUUCCAGGCACUGCCCUUCGGCAGGAGCUGCUUGCGCGGUUGCCGGGGGAUUCUGCCUAAUUCUACCUCUCCAGUCUGUGCACAGAAAACCGUGGAGAGCUGUGGAGGCCUGAACUGCAGCAGCCUCGGGGCCAACUCCCUGCAUCCCCACCCUGGGAGGCUGUAUGCGGAUUGAAGAGCGGUGUCUGGGGGCUGGGCCAGCCUGGCUGAUCCCGACCUAGGAUUAGGACAGGAGGACCUCCCAGGCUGCCGAGUGGCCCAUCUGGAAGGACAGAGUCACAAGAUGGCCAGUAAGACCAAGGCCAGCGAGGCCCUGAAGGUGGUGGCCCGGUGCCGCCCCCUCAGUAGAAAGGAGGAGGCUGCUGGUCAUGAGCAGAUUCUGACCAUGGACGUGAAAUUGGGCCAGGUGACUCUGCGAAACCCCCGCGCGGCACCCGGGGAACUGCCCAAGACCUUCACUUUUGAUGCCGUGUAUGAUGCUAGCUCCAAGCAGGCGGAUCUGUAUGAUGAAACGGUGAGGCCCCUGAUAGACUCAGUGCUUCAGGGUUUCAAUGGCACCGUGUUUGCCUAUGGCCAGACCGGCACUGGCAAGACCUACACUAUGCAGGGGACCUGGGUGGAGCCAGAGCUCCGCGGGGUUAUCCCCAACGCCUUUGAGCACAUCUUCACCCACAUCUCCCGCUCCCAGAACCAGCAGUACCUGGUUCGUGCCUCCUACUUGGAGAUCUACCAAGAGGAGAUUCGAGACCUGCUAUCCAAGGAGCCAGGCAAGAGGCUAGAGUUGAAGGAGAAUCCUGAAACAGGGGUCUAUAUCAAGGAUCUCUCCUCAUUUGUCACCAAGAAUGUCAAGGAGAUUGAGCAUGUGAUGAACCUGGGGAACCAGACCCGGGCAGUGGGCAGCACCCACAUGAAUGAGGUCAGCUCCCGGUCCCAUGCCAUCUUUGUCAUCACAGUGGAGUGCAGUGAGCGUGGCUCGGAUGGCCAGGACCAUAUCCGAGUAGGCAAGCUCAACCUGGUAGACCUGGCUGGCAGUGAGAGGCAGAACAAGGCAGGUCCCAACACAACUGGAGGACCAGCCGCACAGCCCACAUCUGGUGGUGGCAGCGGAGGUGGCAGUGGUGGUGGUGGUGGCAGCAGCGGAGAGAGGCCUAAGGAAGCCUCUAAAAUCAAUCUCUCCCUGUCUGCACUGGGCAAUGUGAUUGCUGCUCUAGCCGGCAACAAGAGCACCCACAUCCCCUACCGGGACUCCAAACUGACCCGGCUGCUCCAGGACUCACUGGGGGGCAAUGCCAAGACCAUCAUGGUGGCCACACUGGGUCCAGCUUCUCACAGCUACGACGAGAGCCUCUCCACCCUACGCUUUGCAAACCGAGCCAAGAACAUCAAGAACAAACCCAGGGUGAACGAGGACCCCAAGGACACACUGCUGAGGGAAUUCCAGGAAGAGAUCGCCCGCUUGAAAGCCCAGCUGGAGAAGAAGGGCAUGCUGGGUAAGCGGCCUCGGAGAAAGAGCAGCCGCAGAAAGAAGGCUGUCUCCGCCCCAGCUGGUUUCCCAGAGGGGCAGGUGAUCGAGGCCUGGGUGGCCGAAGAAGAAGAUGACAACAAUAACAAUCACCGCCCACCCCAGCCCAUUCUGGAGUCAGCUUUGGAGAAGAACAUGGAGAAUUACCUGCAGGAACAGAAGGAGCGGCUGGAGGAGGAGAAGGCCGCCAUCCAGGAUGACCGCAGCCUAGUGAGCGAGGAGAAACAGAAGCUUCUAGAAGAGAAGGAGAAGAUGCUGGAGGAUCUGCGGAAGGAGCAGCAGGCCACAGAGCUGCUCGCGGCCAAGUACAAGGCCAUGGAGAGCAAGCUACUCAUCGGCGGAAGGAACAUCAUGGAUCACACCAAUGAGCAGCAGAAGAUGCUGGAACUGAAGCGACAGGAGAUUGCUGAGCAGAAACGCCGCGAGCGGGAAAUGCAGCAGGAGAUGUUGCUCCGAGAUGAGGAGACCAUGGAGCUGCGUGGUACCUACUCGUCCCUGCAGCAGGAGGUGGAGGUCAAAACCAAGAAACUCAAGAAGCUCUAUGCCAAGCUGCAGGCGGUGAAGGCUGAGAUCCAGGACCAACACGAGGAGUAUAUCCGUGUGCGGCAGGACCUGGAGGAGGCGCAGAAUGAGCAGACCCGGGAACUCAAGCUCAAGUACCUCAUCAUUGAGAACUUCAUCCCCCCUGAGGAGAAGAACAAGAUUAUGAACCGGCUCUUCCUGGACUGUGAGGAGGAGCAGUGGAAGUUCCAGCCCCUGGUGCCAGCUGGAGUGAAUAACAGUCAAAUGAAGAAGCGGCCAACUUCCGCAGUGGGCUACAAGAGACCUAUCAGCCAGUAUGCUCGGGUUGCCAUGGCAAUGGGGUCCCAUCCCAGAUACAGGGCUGAAAAUAUUAUGUUUUUGGAAUUGGAUGUUUCCCCACCGGCCAUCUUUGAGAUGGAAUUUUCUCAUGACCAAGAACAAGAUCCACGGGUACUACACAUGGAGAGGCUCAUGAGGUUGGACAGCUUUCUGGAAAGACCUUCCACGUCUAAAGUGCGAAAGUCAAGAUCAUGGUGCCAGAGUCCUCAGCGGCCUCCACCCUCCACCGCUCAUGCCUCCAUGGCCUCUGCUCCUCUGCACCCCGAAACGGCGGUGGUAGACCAUGAUUGACGGCCUUCAGUCAGGCUGCCCGUCAUACAGACUCCUAGGACAGGGCAGCCAACCUUGGUUCAUCGCAUCUGAUGCUUGGUGCGCGUGUAUGUGUGUGUGUGGUAUGUACGCACGCAUGUAUGUGUGUGUGUGUGUGUGUACUAGUGCGUGUGAAGGGAUGAGAAACUGGCAGGUGGUGCCUCUGCCUGUUUUCUGUGUCUCCUUUAUUUAAUUCGUGUUAUUUAUUCAUGGAGCUUGGUUAGUGAGGAGAGAUCCCCUCGCCUGAGCUGCCUGGGCCUGCUGUGGUCACUGCAUUGCCUCCUUUUCUUCUGGCUGGGUAGAUACCUCAGUCAGGCCCCAAAGCUCCUCAUGUCACCUGCCUCCAGAAGGGAAGACGGCUAGUGCCUGAGAAGAUAAUGCUUCCUUUUCCCGUCCAUCCCAUAGUCCCCAUCUUCUUGUCCGAUGGUGAGCAGCCCUGAUGCUCUCUGGGGCUGGAAAACUGCUGAUGUCCAUUGAGGGCAAGAGGUACCCUAAUAGCACUGGACCUGUACUCCUGGCGGACUGAGCCUUGCCCUCCUCUUUCUGGGCCUCAGACUCUUCCCGCCUCCAGGGCUCUUUCCCAAGGACUUUCAGUAGCCUCCCUGAGACUCAUCCCAGGCUCUCCCGCCUUGGCAAGAACUCAUGGCUUCCCCAACUCCACUUCAUUGCCAGCCCUCUCCACCCUUGUACUGGGAAUUGUGAGCCAAGCAGUUGUUGCCACGAUGAGACCUGCAGGAAACGGAACAGUGUGGAAAGAACGCGGAUUGUCAUCAAGGGAAGUCCCCUCUCAGGUCCCUUUGUUUCUGUCUACUCCAGGAAGUUUCUUUGGUGAACAAACCACCUGUCCUCAUGUGAGGUGUGGCUUCUUCCUGCUUUGAUCACUGUUCCCCGAAGCUGUCCGAUCUCAGUUCCUAGUGGAAAGAAUCAGUGUCAUUCUGCCCCUUACUAAACGCAGAUAGCAACACCCCUCGCUUUCUCCUUCGACUAGUACAAGAAACUCACCCAGGCACAAUCUUUGCCAGAUUUACCUAUUAGCCCUCUUUCCUAGUCACAUCUUGGGGGAACACGGUUUUGUUGAAAACUGAUCCAUUCUUUACCACUUGUGUGAACUGGCCUUCCUCACCUUCCUUUGUGACAGCCCCAAAUGUCUCCAGGUAUUGCAAGUAAUAAGUAAAUUUCUAUUUUAAAAAGUUAAUUUUCAUUGACCUUUAUUUUUUACAUGCAAGAUAAAACUUAUUUUUUUAAGAUUUAUUUUUCAUUAUUUUUCAACUACGUGUGUCUGUACAUGAAUGCAGAGGCCAGAGGUAUGGACCCCCUUGGAGCUGGAAUUACAGGUGGUUGUGAGCCACCUAACAUGAGUGCUGGGAAUUGAACUCAGGUCUUCUGGAAGAGCAAUAUGUGCUCUUAACGGCUGAGCCAUCUCUAGCUCCUCUCUCUUUCUCUCUCUUUUUAAGGUAGGAUCUUUCUGUAUAGCCCUGGCCCGCUUCUAGUAUCCACUUAUGUGGCCACCCUUGCCUCAAAUUUGAGGCAUGCCUGCCUCGACUUCCCAGGUGCUGGGAUUAUAGAUGUGAGCCCUGAUACCCAGUUUUUAUUUUUAAAAUGUUAUAUAUAUGCAACCCCACAGAGUUGCUUAGAGUCACUCAGGCUGAGGUAGAAUUGCUAAUGAGGAUAGCCCAGUCUAUGUAAGAAAACCCUAUUUCAAAAAAAAAAAAAAUCAAAGCUGGAGAGAUGGUUCCAUGACUGACAGUACUUGCUGUUCUUCCAGAGGGACCCAAGUUGAGUUGCCAACAUCCACGUUAGGCAGCUCCAGGGGAUCUGACAACCUCUUCUGGGCUCUGCGGAUGACCUGCACAUACAUGCACAUACCCACCUACAGACACAGACUUACACUUAACUAAAGAUGAAAUGAAUUUCUCACAUUCGGGUUUGACCUGAGCAUGGUGGAACAUGCUCUCCUGUAAUUCCAGCACCUAGGAGAUGGAGGUAGGCGGAUCAGAAGUUCAAAGUCUUCCUUGGAUCCAUGGCAAAAGAAAAAGAAAUACUAAAUUAAAAAAAUUUAACUUAAUUUAAAAUCAUCCAGUUCUAUUUAUCCUCCAACAAACUUGGACUUGUUCCCUAAUUGCUUUCCUGAUAUGUCUCUAGGGAAUAUCCAUGAACCUCUAUUUCUGUUGUUUUUCGUUUCGCUUUGGUUCGUUCUGAGACAGGGUCUCUCUGUGUAACCCUGGCUGGCCUGGAACUCAGUGUGUAGACCAGGCCGGCAUGAAGCUUGCAGCCAUUAUCCUGCCUCUGCCUCCAGAGUGCUAGGGUUACAGACAAGGAUCACCAGGCCUAGCCCUAUAGUAAUCUUUUUCAAGCCUUGGAGCUACUCAGAUGUUGAUGAGAACACAAUUUCUGGACAUAGGAAUUGUAAUUUCUGCUGUCAACAUUUAACAGUUUACUCCUUAGUUAUUAUUUAUUGUAUAUUUUGUUGGGUAGUAAAGGGUAAUUUGUAAAAGCAAGCAGGAAGUUAGGAUUUCAGGUGCCCUGACGCUGGGAGUCCCUUUCCCUGGCUGAUGAGCAGGUCUGUGGUUUCUGUAAGGCGUGAAGCUGGUAGAUCUGCCAGGAGUCCUGUGUGACGCAAGGGCAGCGGAACGUGCUCGACUCUGGGAAAUAAGCUCUUCCGGUUCACGUUCUCUGCGGGUCUCGCGCUUAUCUCCACUGCUGUUUACUGUUCUGCCGGACUAGACGGGUGAGCCCCGCGAUUGUCUGUCCUUUACUCAGGAUUCCGAUCAGAGGUUUGGCUGUAUCUGGGACGGGAGCUGUGUGUAGGAUUCGCCCCGUGUGACCUGGGCAUCGAGGGACCUCCCCCUAACCGCUUUGUCAUGUGUAGAUGAAGCUGCAUGUGCCAUCAUACCCAUCAGUCGUACACACGGACGCCACAUAGUCUGGGUCCCUCACAGUCUUAUAGCACAAUAUACCCCACUUCAGCACCCCAGCCUGAGGGCUAGGCCCAAGGGUGGUCAGAGGAGGAGCCCCUGCCUAUGGUAUUGUAUAUGUGUGUUUAUGUGUGUGUGUUCGUGUGUGUUUACCUGUGCAGGGGGCACUACACUCAAUGUAAGAUACUUUAGGGACAGAGCCACCAGGGGUGGCUGGAUCUCAGUCUGUCUCUCUUUUCCUUUUCUUUUGAUGUAUCAGACAUUUGAUUGACAAAGUAAGGGCCUUAAUCAGGACCAAAUUUCCGUGUCUGUUGUUAUGGUCUUUAAUAAAAGUUAAACAGUGGCCCAUUCUUGUCAUGCUAUACAUAUGACUAUCUGGGACAUAUGUAAUAUAUAAAUAUAUAAAUAUAUAUAUAUAUAUAAAACAUUAACCUUUAUCCCCUUGGUUUAGGAUGGAGGCCUUUCUGUUAAGUUGAAAUGCACCCUAGCUUGGUGCUGCCAGUAGCCUGCAGGCCCCAGCCCUGUUGAGAUUAACACAGUCGACAAUAAAGGGAUGAGUAUCA